AUGAAGUGGGAUAAUAUAGCAGAAACAGGUAGAGAUUAAAUACAGCUGGAGGAGAUACUCAAGGAGAUAGCUGAUUCUUAAUGGAGACUGCAAAAGCCCUAGAAUCUUUCCUCUAAGAGAAAUGCAAACGACAGUAUUUUAAAAGAAGCUAAAUGCAACACUUAUUAACUUAUACCAUAAUCAAGAUUUAGAAAAGAAGAUUCAUUAGAAAGAAAUUAAAGCCUCUAGAGUUAAAUCAGAGGGACCAACAAGACUCAAGCUCUUGAAGAAUUCUUAAAGCAAGAAUAGAACAGUGUAGAAAUCGAAGUUGAGGAUCCAAAAUUUAAUUAGAAGAAGAUAAUCCGCUGCUUGAAGGAGGUGAUAUAUCAAUAGAUACCUUACUUUGAGAAAUAUUUAAGAGAAGAAUAAAAAGGGUACUUAGUCAAGAUCUAAGUGCUAAGUGACAUUCAUGUCUUUGAUUGGAUUAUGUAGUUUGCAGAGAAUUGCUUUUAUCAUAAUCUACCUGAUAGAAUGCCCUCUAAAAGAUUCUUUAUUUAAAACAAAAGUGCUUUUGACACUGCAAACGAUUGA